GUUUACCGCUUAUAUCAAGUGAUAUGAUAUCGUGAUAUAUGUUUCUGUUAGUUGUGGAUAGAUUGUGUCACCUUAGUUUUCUCCCGAUACAUAUAUGUCGGAUCCAUUAGUUUAGCCUUAAAUGAAGUUCGCUGAGAGACUGAAUGCUCAUCUCACUCCAGAAUGGAGGACUCAGUACAUAGAUUACGAUGAAUUGAAGGAACACCUUUAUAAAUAUACACAAGUUUUGGAAACUCUUCCUUGUAAGUUAGUUUUUUGUAUACAUCACUUUCAACAUAGUUUUCUCUGAGGAAGAGACCAAAGCAUUUUUGGAUGAAUGUGACGAAGAAUUUUUUAACCUAUGUGAAAGUGCCUUGAGGAAGAUUGAGGUGUUUUUUUCUGGUGAGACUGAAAUCGUUUAUUGACAGCUGAAUUUAGAGAAGAUUGCUGAAGCUAAUCGAAAGUUCACCACUUUAGUAGAUGAACUUGAUAACUACAUCGAGUCUACUCAUCAUAAAUCAAUCAGUUGGAUUACAGGUUCUAAAGUCUCACUUUCCAGAAGACUAACAGAAUCAUUCGGAAGAGAAGGUGAUAAGUGCAGGGUGUCUGUAAGGGAAAAUGGUUCAACUAACACACCGAUUUGGAAUAAAAUCAGCAAAAUACAGUCUGAAGAAAACUCGGAGUUACGUCGCCGUCAGAGCCGUUCAAAACAGUCUGAAAAUCCGAAAUAUGAUGCCCAAAAAUUGGACAGAAGAAAGAAGACCUUUAGAAAGUUACAUGAUUUGAAGCUAGCUUUCAGUGAAUUUUAUCUAAGUCUUGUUUUACUGCAAAAUUAUCAAUCCCUUAAUUUCACGGGAUUCAGAAAAAUAUUGAAAAAGCAUGACAAGGUAAGAAAGGCUUGUGAUUGUUUUCGUUUUUAUCCUUGUUUAUCAAGUCACUUUUUUCGGCAAUGACAUUUUGACAUUAUGAAAACCAUUUGAAGCAUUUCGUCUUAAACAUUCUGACACAUAUUCUAUAUGAAUUGAUUUGCUCACUUACGUUCAUUUAAUUGUAGGGUGAAUCUUGUCAUAUUGUUUUUUUUACUCAUAAUUACCAAGGAAAGUGUAGGUCGUAAAUGCUAUGGUCAAAUGAACAAGUUGUACGAAAGCUUUGACCAUUACUUCAAGUGUGUGAAUGUUAGCAAACAAUUAUUCUCUAUUUGGUGACAAGAAAAUCAAUUUCUGGUGAUCUCAUAGUUGUUAUCAUACAUGCGCUGCUACACAUGUCACUUAAUAUCGAUAGACGCCAGCGUUUAUUGUAUCUGUGACGGUACCAAAAAUGUCCAUACUUUUGUACACGACUCAAUUCAUCACUAAUUUUCUACUCUGGUCCCACAAUUUUUCUCGGUUACUUUCAAAGUUAUUUUUUCUUAGUCUUAUAUGAGUUAUCACUGUACAUCAAUGUCAACUAUAACUUGUAGUAAAUGCACAUGACUUAGCUACCUUCACCGGUCCGCAAACCUUUGAAUGAAUUGUCCUCAUUAUCUAGAAGUUUGUCCUUAAUUUUAUUGCUUACUCACUACUUUAAUCAUUGUGAUAUUCAUCAACAAAAGCCUGUGAUCUGCUCAUACUCUUCAUCACUUAUGGUUAUGUUAUGACCGCAUUGCAGUAAAAGCAACUCAUUAAAGAUUUUACCUAUCUUCAAUAAAAUUUCUGAUGUCUUAUUAGUUCUAUUAGUGAAUUAGUCCAAUAAAAAGAGAAAGAGCUUUCUUUGAUUGUUCUUAAGUCUCGUUAGCUGACAUAUUUCUGAACAAGUAAGUCAAUAUAGAUGAAAAGCCCAUAUUUUUAGACUAGAUACCUAUUUAAACCAGUUUUGCAGCUUUUCUUUAAUUCUAGAAGAUACAAAACAUGUAUUUAGGUCGCUCAAAUUGCUUUGGAUCAAUUUUGAGUAUUUAUUUAUCAAGCUGUGUCAUUCAAGUGUCACAAAUCUAUUAUAGGGGUUCCUAAGAAAAAACCAAUCUUAUAACGAUGCGGUUUGAUGUCAGUAUAUUCAUGAAAGUUAUGAAAGACAUUCUUGAUAGACAUCAUCGUUAAUGCUGACAUUGGAGGUGAGUUUUUAACAUGACUUCAAAGAGAGUGCCGUUAGCAACACAGUUUAUUUUACUUGCACUUUUAAAUUUAUACGGUUCUAUACAACAUGCCUGGAAAAAUCUAAUGUCGCCUUGUGUCUGAGGAAAAUAGACACACGGGUGCAAAAGAAGUAACGUUCUUUUGAAAGGCAGUAAAUGAUAAGACUCCACCCAAUAUAUAUUCCCGCCAGACAUGAAAUCCAACUUAUUUCCGCGGAUUUGUUGUUCCACGUCUGUUGCUAGUUGUUUUAUGUCUAUUUUAUUAUGGUCAUGAAUAAUUAUGUAACAUCACUAGUUUCUAAUCACCUUCCGUCUAUUGUGAUAUUCAAGAAUAUUAAUGUGGUUGAUUUAGUUUCCAAAUUUAACUGAUAUUUCCUGUUCAAAUCUUUCUGGAUUCAUGGUAAACCGUAUUAGUAGAGUUGUGCUUAAUCACAGUUAACAAGGUCUAUCGCUUAGUGGUUUAAUCAUUUGACUUUCUGAAAUUAGUCACCAUAUAACUUUUGGUUCUGUUUUAAGCAUAUGUUGAUAUGCAAUGAGAUUUAAGAUAAAUCUUAUUCAGUAGUAUUUAGCUAAAUUAAUCUCUGUUUCAUAAAAUAUGUUAAGCAUUUUAAACUUUGGUAAACACUUUUGGAUAUCUCUCAGUAAUCUUUUAAUCUUUUUAAUGGGAGAACAUAACUCCAGUGUCUUUUAUUUGUAGCUUCUCCGCCGGAACACAGGACUACUUUGGCGGCAACAGGUGGUUGAGUGUGCACACUUCAAUACUAGUAGGGAGGUUGAUGACCUUAUCACAGAGGUUGAGGUGAGUAAUAAAGAUUCAUGAUGUGUUUUGUUUCUAACUGGGUAGUUAUCCGACAAACCUAUAUAAUAAGAUGGGAAAAGAGCGAGUUUAGUGCCUAAGCAUGCUGAAAAUAGGAACUGGCCGUGAUCUGUUCUUUCGUGAAAGGACGUUGGUGUUUCGUCAUCUAUUGUUAAAUGAAAGUGGGAGAGUAGUGUUGACUGGCAUUUUCUGUCAGUGGCUAUUUGUAUGUUCUGCUUUAACAUGAGCUAAGUAGUACAGAAUAUCAGGACAAAUAAUGAUAUGAUAAUUUUGACAUAUUUCUUAUUUAUUGGUAUUUAUCAGCUGAAGUCAUUCAUCGAUAGUGUUAAUAAUGCAAUUAGGGUUAUAUUUGUAGUGCUUAUUGUGUUUAUGACAGUGAGCCAACAUGAACGAUAAGUUUUAAAGCGCAUAUUUGUUUGCUGGUCAGAAAUGUGAGAAAUGACUUUCUUUAAACAGGUAUAGUAACUAUUGAAUAAUACUGGUGAAAGACUGUCGGAGGAUAGUAAUCGCUUGUUAUCGUUUAAAAGGUAUAAAACAAUGAUAAUGACAGAAAAAAACCUAAAAAUAUUGGGGAAGUGGAUUCGAACCAUGAAGAGAUAAGAUUUUGCUGAUCUUAGUUUUACGAUCUGAUUUCAGGCUUGCAUUGGUGGAUUUCCAAUGCCUCUAUAGGGAACGAAUAUAUGGUUAGACCUCCUUUCGACCCCGUUAUUAUGACCGCGUAGAUUGUUUUGAACGAUGACCUAUUUAGGGGUGUGUGCCCAGAGUUGAUGAGGUACUUCUGUAUCAAGCUACUAGGUGCUUUGAAUUUCUCUUAUAAAAGCGUGCUGGAUAAUGUUUUGAAAUGCGUUUAAAGAGUGUUCGCUUUCUGCGGCUCACGAUAUUUGAAAUCACGGAUAACCUUAUGAUGCGAUCUCUUUAUACUCUUCUAUGCCUUCUAAUAGCCGUUAGUGAAAUAAAUAUAAGCACCUUUGUAGGGCAUCGCUCAUUAGCUAUGAUCGCAAUUCCGUUUCCAAUCAAUCCGUAUGUUGGUAGUUCCUAGUUUUAUCCACAGCGUAUAAUCUACUGAAUCUUAACAAAUGUGUGGGCAUUUUUAAUGCUAAUGAUGGUAAUUUUUAAUAGGUUCUGAAAUGAAUACACCACAUUUCAAUAUCUUUCUAUGUCACAGUAUCGUACUUUUGAAAAUUCAUUCUUUUUACCGCGUUAACUUAGAAUAUAUUUACGGAGAAACUAGAACAAGGUGAUAGACAAAAAGCCAUGAAACGGCUGCGAGUGCCUCCACUUUCCGAAAAGUAUAAUCCACGUGGCUUAUUCCUUUUUGGUUUGUUUUUUGGAGUUUUUCUGGCUCAGUUUAUUGUUAUAUUGUUAACUUGUAUAUUUUUACGCCCAUUACCACCACAUUAUCUCCCAGCUUUAAGAUUAUUUCGUGGAACAUUUCUCCUUAUAUUCUUUCUUUGUUUAUUUGGUGUAAAUACAUAUGGAUGGCGUUCAUCUGGUGUAAAUAAUGUCCUUAUUUUUGAAUUGGAUCCAAGAACACAUUUAGAUCAUUUUCAAUUAUUACAGAUUUCAUUCUUCUUUGCUAUGAUUUGGGGGUGUGCGCUGAUUUAUUUCUUAUUUAGUGAAGUACUACAUUCACCUGGAUAUGCAUCACCAUUAGUACUUGUUUCAUUCAUGACACUUUACUUAGUCAAUCCGUUUAGUUUUGCUCAUUCCAAAGCACGUCGUUGGUUAUUACGUGUAUUAGGACGAAUUAUCAGAGCACCAUUUGCAAAAGUUUCUUUCGCAGAUUUUUGGCUAGCGGAUCAACUAACUAGUUUAAGUUUCAUAUUUCCAGAUAUAGCUUAUUUUAUUUGUUUUUAUUCAUCACAAAUUGAUUGGGCUAAUGGAAUGAGUUACAAACCACAAAAUUCUUCUUCUUUGACAUUACCUUCACUAGUUAUGGGACAUAAUAGUCAAUAUUCUAAUUCAACACGUUUAACAAUUCCUUCUUGUGCUUCUCAUUCAAAUGAAAUUAUAGCUAAUAGCUGUCAAUGUGAAGGUAUUCUUUUCGGUUUGGAUCCAAUUUUGAAGGUGUUACCGUCUUGGUUUCGAUUUGCGCAGUGUUUGAGGCGUUAUAGAGACAUGGAUAUUAAAAAAGCCAAUCCUCAUUUAUUAAACGCAGGGAAAUAUUCUACAGCAUUUCUAGUAUCUACUUGUGGUGUCUGGCUGGCAUUCGAUCGAGGUACUUGGCCAUUGGUAGCUUAUAUUAUAUCUAGUAUUAUACGAUCUGGUUACACAUAUGCAUGGGAUAUUCUUAUGGAUUGGGGUUUAUUAGAUUGUCGGUCAGAAGAUAAACUAUUACGUGAUGAACUAGUCUACAGAUAUAGAGGUUAUUAUUUCUUUGCAAUAAUUGAAGAUUUUGUGCUCCGUUUAACAUGGAUCGCUCGUCUAAGUUUUGAACGUAUUGGAUUUGCACGGAUGGAAAUUAUCACAACAAUAUUUUUGACAACUGAAGUUAUUCGACGUUUUAUAUGGAAUUUCUUUCGUUUGGAGAAUGAACAUUUGAAUAAUUGCGGUCAAUUUAGAGCUGUUCGUGAUAUAUUUAUUACACCUCUACCUAAACGGCCGCCAAGAACAUCAUCGUUAACAACAUUUGGAAAUUCUAAUUCUCAUAGUGUAUUUAGUUCGAAAUUGGCUCGACCAAAUGUUCACUCGAAAUAUUCAGGGAAACCGGUUGGAUAUUCUCCGGAUGAUGGCCGAAGAAGUGUACCUGAUUUUACACGAGAUAAAUCUUUUAAUUCACCACAUAAACCCAGUCAUUUCCAAGCAUCUGACUCAUUAAGAUCUAGAAGAACAUAUGAUGUUAAGGAUACUGAGCACGAAAACUAUUUAACAGAAAUUAAAACCUCUAUGGAAGACAACGAUUUGUUUUCACAAGAGGAAAAACAGGAAAAUCCAUUUCAUCGAUUUUGGAGACAUAUGAGAUCGUUAGGAAAAAGUUCAUCUCAUUCGAAACAUAGUAAUCAUCAAUUUGACGCUAAUUACGAGUUGUCGACCAAUGAAAUCUCUGAUAACUCAGUCGAAAAUAAACCUACAUUUACCUUAUUUAUUGAUGAUGCAGAUGACAAUAAUCUUCCGAAUAAAUCUAAUCAAAUGCCAGCUUCAUUUAAUUCCAGAGAGGAGCAUUCUUCAUUAGAGAAAUCAAAUGAAAUCUCACCAGUAAAAUCGAAUUCUAAUCAACCAAGUGCUUCUAAGUCUCAUCCUUAUAUAAGGGAAAGACGUGUUCUUAUACUGAAUCACCAGACAGAUAAUGAAUCUGGGGAACCUUAUGAAAAGUGCAGGCUUGAUCCGACUCAGGAGAUCAUAAAAGAUUAUUCAUCAUCUCCGGUAAAAAAAUUACCACCGAAAUCUAUUUUAACAUCAGGUAGAAAGUUAGGUAUUUGUGAUCAUCAGCCGGUAGAUCAAUGUACAUUAAAUGUCGAUGACAAUGAGAAUAAAUCAAAUAAUCCAUGUGAUUCUGUAACUAAUUCUAAUCGUAAUGCAUUUGAACAAUUUUUGAAAAUGCAUGAUAAUUUAUCAUCUAUCAAUGAAUUAGGUCAUUCAAAUACAUCAGUAUCUCAUAUUAAUCAAGGUUUUGUUGGAUCUAAUCAACCGGACAAUGAAUUACCUAAUACACUUAAUAAUAAUAAUACUGUAACUAAUGAUUGUCAAAUAAUAAUAAGGGAUCCAUCACAUAUGGGAAUCGUUCAACAUGAAAAUGAGUCACAGUAUACUAUUCCUGUUACGUUGAUUUCUAACAGUGAAUCUAAUCAAAAUUUAUCAACUACUACACAACUAAUGGAUGGUAAACAUGGGUUAUAGAGUGAAAAAUGAAUUCAUUGAAAUUAUCAGUUCAUAAAGGAUACACACAGCAGAAUAGCAUAAUAAUAUUAAUGUGUAUAAACAACUGAAUAUUAUGUGAACCGUUGAUGCUCAAUUAAAAUGUUAUACAAUAGAACAGUUUGAUUGAUUGGUUAGUUAGUAGUCGAAAUAAAAUUAGUCUUUCGUUAAUUCCUUUUUAUAAGUCAACAUAUAUUCAUGAAUUACUUAUUCUAUUAACAGAAACUUAUAUGAUCUAAUAAUUUCUUUUCUUUUUAUGUAUAUGUGUGUUUUUCGGAUUAGUUUCUUUCUAUCAUUUAUAUUUUGCGCAUAAAUGAACUUUUUUUUUCAAAUGACUAGUAAUAUUCUUUAAUUAGACCCAUCAUUAAUUGAUACCAUUAAGGGAUAUCGAAGUAGUGUUUUUUCUAAUAACAAAAUAGAAUUUACAAUUAUUUUUAUUCUAUUUAUUAAUUCUUUAAAUUAUUCAAUGUUUGCCUUUUGUAUUUGAACAAGAAUUGAUUUUAUCACUUAACUAGGUAUAUGGAUUAUUUAUUAUUAAUCAUUAUCAAGUUGUAUAAGCAUACAUUGAAUGUUUAAUCUUUCUUACAUCAAUCACAUAAUAAUGUUUAUUUUUCAAGCUAAAUCAUCAUUGUCACCAUCAUUUUUACUUCUUAAUAAAUGGUAUAUUUUUUUAAAUAAUAGACUACUGACUCUCUUUAUUCCUACUAAUAUACAACUUUCAUAUUAAUGAAAUGAUGCACCAUUGCGCAUGGAUACACUUAAAACGUAUUUACAUGUACAUAUAUACAUAACUAUGGUUGCAGAUUUUUAAAAUAAGAAUAAAACAAAGAGAACAGAGAAUCAAUAAACAAUUUCAUAUAUUUCUUGAUUAGGUUAAUAAUUAUUUAUUUAUUUCCUUAUUUUGGUUUAUAUCCUUGUCAACCUAUCUCUCUCCCUUUCCACAAGAUCACAUCUAUAGCAGUUUCUUUUUUCUUUCUAAAACUAUAAGUUGUUUUCUUAUUAAAUUGUAUUUUCAUUUAUUUCAUACUUCAGUUACAACAUAUACACUAUCCAUUUUUUCUUUGUUUGUUUACAACUGAUAAAAUUAUUACCAUUUAAUUGUUUACAGACAUAUUGAGUUAUUUCUUCUUGUAGCAUAUAAAGCAUAUAAAAAAGGUACAUACAAACAUAUACAGAUUUAUUUUUAAAAAAUAUUUCUCGUAUAUUUGAUGAUUUCAACUUUACUAAUUAGUAGUUAGUUUUCUUUUCAAAAUUUGUUGUGUGUUAUUUUUUUAUAAUCAACACAUCUAACACAUGAUGUAUAUAUGCAAAUAUACAUAUGAAUAUCAAGAGGAAAGAAUAGAAAGAGAAUAAAUGAUUUUUUUAUUUGUUAC